AUGAUUCGCUCUCAGCCCGAACGACGUUACAACGCAUCCUACGGUAGACGUGAUGUCGUUAAGGACAGCGACAUGGAUCGUCAAACGCAGGACCGAGUGGUCGAUCUGAUCUGCUCAGAAAUCGACAAGGGCGUACCGCUGUCAGAGUUAACCUCCACGGUUAAGAGAACCAUGGAGCGGGAGUACGGCGCCAACUGGCAGUGUUGCGCUGGCAGUGGUUUUUCCUGGUGA